AUGUCUUAUAACGUCCUGGUAACAGGUUCAUCCGGCCAUCUCGGCACAGCCCUGAUGCUAUCCCUCCCCAGUCUUGGCUUCACACCUCUAGGAAUUGACAUCCUCCCUUCAGAGAACACUCACCAUGUAGGAUCCAUCAACAAUCGCUCCUUCGUCACAGACAUUUUUGCAAACAAUACAAUCCGUCAUGUCCUUCACGCAGCGACGCUUCACAAGCCACAUGUCGAGAGCCACUCCAAGCAAGACUUUGUCGACACAAACAUCACAGGCACCCUCGUUCUUCUCGAAGAAGCAGCCAAGCUCGGCGCACAGAUUGAGAGCUUCAUCUUCUUCAGCACCACCAGCACUUUUGGUGCGGCGUUGAGCCCGACACCUGGUCAGCCCGCCGCAUGGAUUGACGAGACAGUCAUCCCCAUUCCAAAGAACAUAUACGGCGCGACAAAGGUCGCAGCAGAAGACAUCUGCUUUCUCGUUCACAAGCAAACUGGGAUGCCUGUUCUUGUGCUCCGCACGAGCCGUUUCUUCCCCGAGCAGGACGACGACGAAGACCGCAGAAUGGCACUCGCAGACGACAACCUCAAAGUGCUCGAACUAGCCUACCGCCGGUGCGACAUGGAAGACAUCGUCCGCGCAGCAGUUUGUGCCAUGGAGAAGGCACGUGAGAUCAAGUUCAGAAAAUACAUCAUCAGCGCACCCCCUCCAUUCCCAAAGGACGCUCACACGCUCGCGGCUCUGGACAAGAAUCCUAAGGAGGUUUUUGAGACCGUUGCGCCUGAUUGUACACGGGUGUUUGGAGAGAGGGGCUGGGCGCAUUUGAAGAGAAUCGACCGCGUGUAUGAUUCGAGCAGAGCGGUCAUUGAGUUGGGUUGGGAGCCUGUUUAUACCUUCAAGCAUGUGAUUGAGCUGAUUGAGCAGGGAAAGGAGUGGAAGAGUGAGUUGACUGGAAAGGUUGGGAAGAAGGGAUAUCACGCUGUCAGCCAUGGUGUGUACACUGUCCGAUGA